AUGAAAUUUAUUCGCGAGAAAUGUGUUAAUAAACGAACAUUCUUAAUUACCUCUGGUGGACGCGGAAAAAAUGUUGUACCUCAGAUUCAUGAUUUACCACAACUUUAUGCAAUUUAUGUUUAUUGUCAAGAUGUUGAAGGCCAUCAAAAAUGGGUAUCUAAAUUUUCAAAAGUACGUAUUAUUUGUAAUGUUGAUAGAGUGUUACAUCCUCAACUUGCUGUUGAUGUGGCACAAGCCAAUAUUGAUUGGGGAAAUGCACUUCUCAAUGCAGGUAAACGUGAUGAAGCUAAAACGAAAUUCCAAAAAGCAUUGGACAAUUUAACUAAACAUGUUAAAUUUUCUGAUCAAGCUUUCAUGAAUCAAGUGCAAAAAAAUUAG